AUAGAGCAUUCCCACAGUCCUGAGGCAGGGAGUCCCGCUGACCCCUCCACUAAUAGUGCCCCCCCCCCAUGGCUCCGUAAGUAGGUUUGCGGCGCGUUCUUUGGGCUCCCCGUAAGCUGUAGCUCUUCCCCCGGCCUGGCUGGCUUUCCUCGCAGGGGAGACCCUACGCCAACUGCUCCUUGGCCACCCUCACCAUGACGACUUCCUACCGACAAGAGCUGGAGAAAUACCGAGAUAUCGAUGAAGACCAGCUCCUGAAGGAACUCUCCCCGGAGGAGCUGGACCAGCUGGACCUGGAGCUGCAGGAAAUGGAUCCAGAAAACAUGAUGCUCCCGGCUGGGCUCCGGCAACGGGACCAGACGAAGAAAGACCCCACGGGCCCCCUGGACCGAGACGCCUUGAUGCAGCACCUGGAGAAGCAGGCGCUGGAGGUGAAGGAGCGGGAAGACCUGGUGCCCUUUACGGGGGAGAAGAAAG